ACAUGCCACAAAAAGGGAAUUCAGAUUUUUUGAAUAUAUAGAAAUUUGAGUGCCUUGUGAGGUAUUGGAAAUUUUCAAUUAAAUCCAGUAAAGUCUCUUAAUAGGCUUUGAUUAGUGAAUUUUAGAAGGCGAUAACAAUAUGCAUAGGGCUCAUACAGCUUUCAACUUGGUGUUAUCACCUAUAGCUCAAAGAAAUUUCGCCACUUGGUUGCUGAAGGAUGGAAAUUCUAAGGUAUGGAAAAAUUCUACAAUUUUGGCUACAAUCCGUGCUUAUAGUUCAGCCCCAGCUGAACAGUUUGCUUCUGGCACAUCCGCUACUUAUGUGGAGGAAAUGUACAACUCAUGGCUGCGUGAUCCAACUUCAGUUCAUACGUCAUGGGAUGCAUAUUUCCGGAGCAAUUCUUAUAAUGCACCUCCGGAUUUUCAACCUGUUCAACGGAAUUUGGUACCUCUUUCGAGUGGCGUUAGUGCACUUUCCUCAGGGGGAGCAAUUGAUUCAAAAACCAUUGAAGACCACUUAGCUGUCCAAGCUAUCAUCAGAAGUUAUCAGUCCCGCGGUCAUUUGGCAGCAGAUCUGGAUCCGCUCGGCAUCUUGAGGCAGGAUACUACCGUCAGCAAAGAUGGUCAAACCCGACGAGCAAACGAAGCUGUACUACGACAGCAUUCGUCUUUUUUCGUUGGCGAGCAAGACAUGGAUCGGCCUUUCAAACUUCCCAGUACUACGUUCAUAGGUGGAGAUGAAACUACAUUGCCUUUGCGUGAGAUUCUUAACCGUUUGGAAAAUGUAUAUUGCAAUAAAGUGGGUGUAGAAUACAUGUUCAUUAACUCUUUGGAACAGUGCAAUUGGAUUAGAAAACGUUUUGAAACACCUGGAGUUAUGAAUUUUUCACCAGAACAGAAACGUCUUAUUCUAGCUCGAUUAACUCGUGCUACAGGAUUUGAGGCUUUUUUGGCCAAGAAAUAUUCAUCUGAAAAACGUUUCGGUCUGGAGGGUGGAGAGAUGCUUAUACCGGCCAUGAAAGAGGUGAUUGAUGUUUCCACGGAGCUGGGUGUCGAAUCAGUAAUUAUGGGUAUGCCACAUCGUGGACGCCUUAAUGUCUUGGCUAACGUAUGUCGUAAACCUUUACCCCAAAUAUUUACCCAGUUUGCUGGUUUGGAGGCAGCCGACGACGGCUCUGGCGAUGUUAAAUAUCAUUUGGGAACCUAUAUAGAGCGUUUAAAUCGCGUCACAAAUAAAAAUAUAAGACUUGCCGUUGUAGCUAAUCCUUCUCACUUGGAAGCAUCAUGCCCUGUGGUUCAGGGUAAGACACGUGCUGAACAAUUUUACCGUGGUGAUCAAGAAGGAAAGAAGGUUAUGUCUAUACUCCUGCACGGAGAUGCAGCAUUCUGUGGUCAAGGAGUUGUUUAUGAAACAAUGCACUUGUCGGAUCUGCCCGAUUACACCACACAUGGCACCAUCCAUGUUGUAGUAAAUAAUCAAAUCGGCUUUACAACUGAUCCCCGUUUUUCACGCUCCUCACCUUACUGCACAGACGUUGCACGCGUUGUUAAUGCACCAAUUUUCCAUGUGAAUGCCGAUGACCCAGAAGCUGUUGUGCAUGUUAGUAGGGUGGCUGCUGAAUGGCGUGCUACUUUCCAUAAGGAUGUCGUUAUCGAUUUGGUCAGUUACCGUCGCAAUGGUCACAAUGAGGUGGAUGAGCCUAUGUUCACGCAACCUCUGAUGUACCAGAAGAUUAGAAAUCACAAAACUUGUUUAGAAUUAUAUGCGAACAAACUCAUUGCUGAAGGAACUGUUACUCCUGAAGAAGUGAAAGCCGUUGCAGAGAAGUACGAUAAAAUUUGUGAAGAGUCUUUGGAACUAGCAAAACAAGAAACUCACAUCAAGUAUAAAGAUUGGCUCGAUUCACCGUGGUCUGGUUUCUUCGAAGGUAAAGAUCCCUUAAAAGUAUCGCCAACUGGCGUUAAGGAGGAAACACUUAUUCAUAUUGGUAAUCGGUUUUCCUUGCCACCACCAAAUGCUGCUGAAUUUGUCAUCCACAAGGGUUUACUUCGUGUACUGGCUGCACGUAAAGCGAUGGUUGAUGAACAUAUUGCCGACUGGGCCUUAGCGGAAGCAAUGGCUUUUGGAUCUUUACUUAAAGAAGGUAUUCACGUGAGAUUGUCUGGUCAGGAUGUGGAGCGUGGUACAUUCUCACAUCGGCAUCACGUUUUACAUCAUCAAUUAGUGGACAAGGCUGUCUAUAAUCCUCUGCAGCACCUAUAUCCCGAUCAAGCGCCCUAUUCAGUUUCAAAUAGUUCUCUCUCCGAAUUUGCAGUUUUGGGUUUUGAACAUGGUUAUUCAAUGACAAACCCCAAUGCCUUGGUGUUGUGGGAAGCUCAGUUUGGUGAUUUUUGUAAUACAGCUCAAUGUAUUAUUGAUCAAUUUAUCGCAAGUGGUCAAGCCAAAUGGGUUCGUCAAUCUGGAUUGGUAUGUCUUUUGCCACAUGGCAUGGAAGGUAUGGGACCAGAACACUCUUCCGGUCGUCUAGAACGUUUCUUGAGCUUGUGUGCUGAUGAUCCUGAUUAUUUCCCACCCGAAUCUGAAGAAUUUGCUAUUCGUCAAUUGCAUGACAUAAAUAUGAUUGUAGCGAAUUGUUCCACACCUGCAAAUUAUUUCCACAUUUUACGUCGUCAGAUCGCUAUGCCUUUCCGCAAGCCUUUGAUUGUAAUGACUCCCAAAUCUUUGUUACGUCAUCCCUUGGCGAGAAGCCCUUUUAGGGAAAUGGCAGAAAAUAGCGAAUUCAGGCGUGUAAUUCCUGACGAAGGACCUGCCGCAGAAAACGGAGAUAGUGUGAGAAAAGUUCUUUUCUGUACUGGACGUGUUUACUAUGACUUGUUGAAGGCACGGGAGGACAAGAAAUUGGAAAAAGAAAUCGCUAUUGUUCGUGUUGAGCAGAUAUCACCCUUCCCAUUCGAUCUAGUUAAAGAACAAAGUAAUAUAUAUAAGAAUGCAGAUUUAUUCUGGGUACAAGAAGAGCACAAAAACCAAGGAGCUUGGACAUACGUGCAACCACGAUUCUUAACCGCGCUUAACCACGAUAAGGAUGUUGGCUCUUCUAACCAGACAACAAGGCAAAGUGCCGACUCUUCUGCUCCCGAUUCCGAUUCGAAAUCGAAACCGUGGUUGAGUCGAGUGUUCGCCAACGAAAAGGCUGCGGCCACCGAAGGCGAUCAGAAACCAGUCGACUAUUUCGAUAUGCGUGAAGUUCGUGACAUGCAAGGCAAUUUCAAUAAGCCCGCUGGGAUCCGAGACAUUUCGCCAAAAUACAACUUUGGACGUAAAAUUAGCUAUAUUGGAAGACCAUGCAGUGCUUCGGCAGCUACAGGAUCUAAGGUGCAACACACUCGUGAGCUGAAUGCAUUGCUCAACGAUGCUACGACUGUCUAAGCAACCAAAUAGGGCCUGAUAUACGACUAAGCCAACAACCAGACAGAUAUUUCAGCGAAAAACUCAUCUUAAAACCGGGGUUUUGCCCACAUCAAUUAACUGUUAAAAAUAUAUAUACGUUUUUUUUGACUACCAGACAAGACCAAAAUAAAUUAUUUUUGCUUGCGAUAUUUAUAGAUAAAUGUAUUAGAUAAACCGCUAAUUAAAAAAAGUGCAUUAGUUAAUGUCAUAAACUUGUGAAGACGUCUCGACCUUCGUAAAACUAAGAAAUGUUAAAACAUCAGUAGAUCUCCGAAAAGAGAAAAGCUAAAAACAAGAAAAACGAUAAACUCUGUGUAACAUAAGAUGAAUAACAAAGAAGCAAAACAUCAGGGAUAUGUGUAUUACUUACUUAUUAAUUAUUCUUAAAGUUUUUUGUUGCACAUAAAUAUAUAUCUUCAUAUGUAUAAUUAUGAUUUCAAAGGGAUCACUUUUAACGAAAUUAUUAUUACCGUUUAAAGUUAAUUGUUUUAUUAUGAUAUUAUCUCAGUUGAAUUAGCUUGCGAGUUUUUAAAAAAAUAAUAUAAUAUCUCCCUUUGCAAUUAGAAGUACAUACAUACAAAAAUACGGUUUUCAUAAACCGCUCAUACAUUCUUAAAUUGUUCUAUGAUUUAAUUUUGAAAAUUAAUUGUGCCUAUAAAUGAAAAGCGUCCUACAUUUUUGAUUUCUCGACUUUAUUUAUUUUAUCACUCUUUGUGUUACAUUGUUAUUAAGUCUACAUAAUGGUAUGGAAUAAACAAUACGAAACUAUUUAGAGAUGGAUAUACUAA